UUUAAAGCGAGGAGGAGCAUAAUAUUUUGGGUUCAUUAUUUCAUCUAUAAAUAGAAGCUACGUGUGUAGCUCCUCCGUGCAUCAACUAUCUAUACAAAGCAAAUUAAUUUAUUUUUUUUAAAUGAAGAGGCUUCUUUUGCUAAUUUCACUUGCCCAUCUCGUUCUUUCAUUUCCAUCUUCAUGUUCUAGUGCUGCAACAACUCCUAAUCAAUUGUUGCAGGUGGUGCGUGACAUUAAUGGUGAUAUUGUCAAAUCAAACGCCAGGUACUUUUUGAUGUCCUCAGUACGAGGAGUCGAUGGCUUCGGAGGAGUAAGGCGAGGUCCGACGAUAAACGGAGCUGGUAACGCUAACUUCGUGUGUCCAUUUCAGGUGGUGCAGUCACCACGAGAUUUGGAUCGAGGCAUGCCAGUGAUUUUCAAACCCAAGGCAGGGAAGCAAGUAGAAAUCACUGAAUCCACUGAUGUUAACAUCGAGUUUUAUCUUGAUAAUCCAACUGCAAAAUGUAACAACACAGUGUGGGAGGUGGAAGGUUUCCCAGGACAUUAUUACCCAAUGUUCUUGUCAACUAAUGGGAAAGCAGGAAAUCCUUCAGAACUGGCCACUUGGUUUCAGAUUAAGAAAGCUGAUAGUUCCUCUUAUAAGUUGGUGUUUUGUCCAUUUGGAGGGUCCCUUUUGUGCAAUGACAUUGGCAUCCAAGUUGUUGAUGAACAAAGGCGUUUGGCUGCAAGUGCAGAUCAUCCCUUCAACUUUGUGUUCAUCAAAGAUCCUUACAUAGGAAUUAAUUCGAUUAUAUGAUAUGGUUAUGAUCAAAAUAUAUGAAUCGAUCCGUAGAUUUCUAAAUCCUUUCCAUGUUAUGUAUGUACUAAUGUUACUACUUGUGUUUGUUGCACAAUAAAAUUCUCGAGAUCGAAAAUAAUAAUCGAGACAAGAAAAAUACUGCAACAAUCGAUUUAUUGAUUUCAAUAAGUGAGUGUUACAAUCUC